AUCCGCAUGUAAGGAUGAUAUGUGUGUGGAGGUUGAUCUGAAGGGAAAACAUUCAGUGGGAGUGAUAGCCUAGCUAUUUCUUAUUGACCGAUUACAGUUCCUAGUCGUACGAAUUGAAAUAGCUAGCUAUAGCCAUGCCUGGAAUAGAUAAAUUACCGAUCGAGGAGACAUUCGAGGACAGUCCGCAGACGCGCUCCCUGCUCGGUGUGUUCGAGGAGGAUGCGGCUGCAAUAUCCAACUACUCCCAGAAGCUCUUCCAGGCCAUGAACAGAAUCUACGAUGCACAAAAUGAGUUGAGUGCUGCCACCCAUCUCACCUCCAAACUUCUGAAGGAGUAUGAGAAACAGCGCUUCCCUCUUUGCAGCGACGACGAGGUCAUGAGCUCCACCCUGCAGCAUUUUGCCAAAGUCAUAGACGAGUUGAGUUCCUGUCAUGCAGUCCUCUCCACUCAGCUGGCUGACGCCAUGAUGUUCCCUAUCAGCCAGUUUAAGGAGAGGGACUUAAGAGAGAUACUGACUCUGAAGGAAGUGUUCCAGAUUGCCAGUGAUGAUCAUGACAUGGCCAUCAACCGAUACAGCCGUCUCUCUAAAAGGAGGGACAAUGAGAAGGUGAAGGGCGAGGUGAUGGAGGAUGUGUAUACCUCCAGGAAGAAGCAGCACCAGACCAUGAUGCACUACUUCACAGCCCUCAACACUCUGCAGUACAAGAAGAAGAUUGCCAUUCUGGAGCCGCUGCUGGGGUAUAUGCAGGCACAGAUCAGCUUUUUCAAGCUGGGAUCAGAGAACCUCACCCAGCAGUGGGAAGAUUUCCUCACCAACAUAGGAACCAGCGUUCAGAAUGUCCGCAGGGAGAUGGAUGGUGAGGUAGAUGUAAUGCAACAGACCAUCCAGGACUUGGAGCAGGCCAGUGACCUCCUCUACAUGCCAGACCCCGACCCUAGCCAGGUUCCUGUCAACCGCAACCUCACACGCAAGGCCGGCUACCUCUACAGACGAAAUAAAACGGGCCUAGUGUCUUCCUCCUGGGAGCGGCAGUACUUCUUCACCCAGGGAGGGAACCUGAUGGGCCAGGCACGAGGGCAUGUAGCUGGGGGUCUGGUCAUGGACAUCGAUAAUUGCUCUGUCAUGGCCGUGGACUGUGAAGACCGACGCUUCUGCUUCCAGAUCACAUCCUUUGACGGCAAGAAGGUGGUCAUAUUGCAGGCAGAUAGCAGAAAGGACUGUGAAGAGUGGAUUGCAACUAUAAACAACAUUUCAAAGAGGAUAUAUCUGAGUGAGAACCCAGAGGAAAUUGCAGCCAGAGUGAACCAAUCAGCUCUUGAGGCUGUGACACCGUCUCCCUCCUUCCAGCAGAGGCAUGAGAGUAUGCGGCCGACCACACAAGGGCGGUCCCGGGCAGCGCGGACCAGCAGUGUGAGCUCAGUGGGCUCUGAGACGGCCUCACCGGCCCUCUCUGUCCUCUCAUUGGACGCCCUGGUGGCUCCUGACACGCCCAUCCAGUUUGACAUCAUCUCUCCAGUCAGCGAGGAGUACGCAGGCCAGGCCAAGGCUGCGGGACAGGGCAGAAGGACCAACCCGUUUGGUGAAUCAGGAGACACUCCACCUGAGGAGAGUGAAGGUAGUGUCUCUGUCUGUCUGUGUCAGGUCUGUCUUGCUGUGUGUCUGUGCGCAUGCCAUUGUCUGUGUGUGUCACCCCCCCCCCUCUCUCUAUCUAUCUGUCUCUGUGUCCAUCCAGACUCCAUCCUGCACCAGCUGUUCAUUGUGCGUUUCCUGGGUUCUAUGGAGGUGAAGAAUGCAGACAGCUCUGACGUCAUCUAUGAGACCAUGAGACAGAUCCUAGCAGCCAGGGCCAUACAUAACAUCUUCAGGAUGACUGAGUCUCACCUGCUGGUCACCUGCGACUGCCUCAAGCUCAUCGAUCCUCAGACACAAGUCACACGGCUGAGGUUCCCUCUUUCCAGUGUGGUGGUGUGUUCGUCCCACCAGGAGAACAAGCGUCUGUUUGGAUUCGUCCUGCAGACUGCAGAAGGCAGGGUGGACGGACGACCUGUCAUCGUCUGCUAUAUCUUUGAGUCCAACAAUGAUGGGGAGAAGAUAUGUGACAGUGUUGGGCUGGCCAAACAGAUCGCUUUCCACUCAGAGAUGGAUCGCAAAGCUACAGAGAAGAAGGAGGAGCAGGACAAGGCCAAGGAGAAACAGCAGGAGGAGCUGAGUAAACAGAAACAGAUUGAAAAGGACCUGGAGGAACAGAGCCGUUUAAUCGCAGCCUCCAGUCGCCCCACCCCCCCUGCUCCUAGUGCUGAUGGGCAGUUCCUGGUGCUGAGCAAAAGCCAAUCAGAGGACAGUGAUGCAGGACAGGAGGGGCGGGAGAAGGGAGAGUCGGAGGCCUAAGUGAAUGGAAGGGAAAGAGCUUUCAUCAGAUACUACUUUGGACCAUCAAACUACCGGAAAUCGAUCAUCUUCAAUGGAAAGAGAAGACUGAGCAAUUGUUUGUGUGAUUUUUGGUCCAUAGGGCAGGCACAAUUGGCCCAGCGUCUUCCGGAUUAGGGUUUGGUCGGGGUAGGCCGUUACUGUAAAUAAGAAUUUGUUCUUAAUUGACUUGCCUAGUUAAAUAAAUGUUAAAAAGUCACCUAUGUUGAGCCAAUGUUCUUUUCUGAACAGACAACUGAACAAGCUUGGCGAGGUCUUACUACAAAGUACUAUCCGGUGAAAAUGUAGUUAGAGCGGGAGUUGGUUCCUUGGCUCCUCAACCCUGGGCCUCGACUUAGCCUCUAUGGGCUUUUCUCUGGCUCCUACAUUGUUUUACAGAGGAGUUGUUCUGCAAAUAGACUUUAUAACAUUACACAAAGAUGGAUUAAGACCCCACUAAACUAACAAAAGAAGAGGAGAAAUAAAUGUGUGUGUGUGAAUCACUGAACACUCAAAGAAUCCUUCCGGAUCUUUCUCAUCCUCCAUAUGUAAAUCAUGUGUACUGGUAUUCAGAGGAAAUGUAGAAGGAGAUGAUUAAUGCUUUUAAGCUUUUUUUUAAUAAUCAGGGUGACUGAAAACCAUUGGCAUACUAGAAAACAUAGAGUUUAUAGAGUAUAUUAAUUUGUUGGGGAAGGAAGACAUUGCACAUGUUAAUACUGUAAUGACAUAAAAUACUUGUUUAUCCAUUCAGCUAACACGCUUGCAUGUGCUUUGGAUCCCAUCAUUCAAGAUACCUAAUUGCCACGCUUUUUUCCCCGUCUAUAAUGAAUAUUUACCGUUUCAAUGGAUCAGACUACUUGCCAUAGCCCAACAGGCCUUGUGCCUGAGGUGUAAUGUAUUCAUCUCAUUGGUUGGAACAAAGAACAACACUAUAAAACAAAGUGCUAAAUCAGGGCAUUGACUCUUAAAAGGAAAAAUGGGAUCUAUGAACUGUUUGUUUUUCCCCAUUAUGUCUGUUAAAAUCGAUUGUUUUGAAAUGGUUUGUGUUUUUCUCAGAUUUCUGUACAAAGAAAUGCACUACAUACAGUAUGUAUACUAUUGAACAGUUUGUCUGAAAUGUUCCUCACUCUUAACCCAUUGCUAUGUAAGUUUGUGCUGAGCUCUGACUAAGUUUAUCACUUAUCAACUCAUAGUGAACACAUGUUGCAGUGACAUGAUGCAGGGAAAACUAUCAUAUCAACAAAGUGGAAUUGAUUUGACAUAUUACUGAUAAUGAAAGUUGAGUCUACUUUAUUAUCAUUUUGGGGAAAGGUGUUUAAAGGAGUAGUUAGGAACUGUUAGAUGUUAAUAGGGGGGACUGCACUUUAAUUAUUGAUGCAGGGGGAAAUAGGAUCAUGUUUACUCUAUAUACUUCAGUGAUUACUGUUGCAGUCUUAAAUAGCUUUUCAACAAUAAAGCUACACUAAUUGAA